GCAGGUGCUCUGGGCAAGCUCUCGGCUUGCUCUAGUGAUGCUGCAAGGGGUAUGGCGGCUCAUGCUGCUGUGGCUAUUCCCUUUGCUGCCACUGGUUUGCUCCUUACCACUGUUCGUAUUCUCAUCGAUUCCGCGGAAGACUCGGGCUCGGCUGCUCCAACCAUCGCCCUUGCGGGCUGGCUCCUCUUUACCGGUCUGGCCUGGCCUCUGCCUAUGGCCGUCGCUGGUGGUCUGCAAGCUCUGCUUCUUAUCGCCCACGCCAUCUCGCUCAUGGUGGCUCCCUCGACGCAAGGCUCUAUGACCACCUUGUGUGAAGCUCUCUUUGUCGCCCUCACCAUCCCGCCUGUUGUCCACGCCACACACAAGAUGCGUCGCAUUCGCCGCGCAGCCAUCGAGCGCCGCGUUCUCGACGGCCUCGUCCGCGCCCUACAGGACCGUGCCGCCAGAGAUGGCCUUCCGGGUCGUCUCCGCGAGCGUGUGCUGGCCUACACCCUUCCGCACUGGCUUCGGUCGGUUGACGCUGUCGCUUCACUCGAGGGUGCGUCGUCGACUCCGAUGUCGGUCACCUUUGACUCAGCUCUAGUCGUCGUCGUCAACCUCGCCGUGGCACACGAUGGCUCCAGCAGAACGACGGUACCAACGCUGUCGGCCACUCGCGCCAUUCGGGCCUCGUUUACUGCCACUGCCCUCGAUGAGGUCCUUGCCCCGCUCGGUGUCCACUCGGUUCAGUUUGUGCGCCAGGGCGCCACCUACGUCGCCGUCGCCGACAUGGGUGCACUCUCGCCCGACGCGCAGGGCGCUUUUGUCGAGCGAGUCCUCCAGGCUAUUGUCGGCGUUUUCCCGCCGCGCGCCGCUUCGAUUGCCAAGGCCACAACUAUGGCUGCCAAGCACCUUGCGUCGUGGCGGGCAAGGCCCGCUGUUGCGCUCGGCAUGGGCCCGCUGAUGCUUGCCGCCAUGCCGGAAUCGCUCGGCUUUGCCGUUGUCUCCCUCGGUCAAGUAUAUGGAGAGACGCUCGCCGUUGCCCUCGCCUCGCCGCAGGCCACCGUCGCCCUUGCCCACCCGCCAUGGCUCGCCCGCCCCGCGCUCGCUCGCAUUGCCGCCUCGGCCCGAGUUGACCUUGUGCCCUUUUCCGAUCUCGCGGCGGCUGCCGCCCACGAGCCGGCAUCGCGGCUGCUCUCGCUCACCAGCGUGCCCGUCGCGUCGGAGACUCCUGCGCCUGCUGCAUCGGCUCAGCUCAGCGGGCCGGGCACGGCCAGCUACUACGGCUUUGCGCCGGCGCAGGCUCCGGCCCUCGCGUCCGAGUACACCGACGACGACUACGAGUACUACUACGACUACUCGGGCGAGGAGCAGGAGGAGUCGACGACAGCCAUCGAGAUGCUGGACAGCGAGGCUGGCGACGUGUACGAUGUAGACAUGGAGUCGUGGCUUGCCACCGGGGACGCCGCCGUCCUCAUGGGCCGCCUGCUCGCCGACGCGCAGCUCGCCGAGACCCUGCGAGUGGUCAAGGUCCGCGCCGAGGAGCUCGAGUCGACCGGCGAGUUUCCCUACGACCACGUUGGCGCUUCGGCUCGCGGCAAGUGGGUCGGCAACCUGCUGUACAAGGCACGGUGGGAACUUGCGCUCACCUUUGCCGUUCUCAAUUGCGCCGGCUUUGUCCUCGACUUUGCCUUUGGCGAUGGCGCCGAGCGGCUGGUCAUCACCCGGACCGCCGUCGCCUUUCUUGCCGUCCUCCUCGCCGGCCAAGUAGUUGUCUUUGCCUCCCCUCGCGCUGGCCCCUUCCUCCUUGUCUCGGCGCUUGUUGCCAUCGGCAACGUGGUUCUUUCGCUCCUCGCACCCACCACCGAGCACAUCCUCCGCCUCUAUCUCCUCCACCUGUACGCCUCGCUCGUCUACGUCAUCCUCGCAUCGUCGCCUGAAGGCCCCAUCGUCUCCAUCUUUAUCUCGCUCGUCUACGUUAUUCUUGCCGUCGCCACCAACCGUGGCUCGCUCGGCUUUGACAUCGAGACCGUCUUUGGCCUUGCCCUCGCCAUGCUCGCCGCCGUUGUCCUCUACACCCACGACAACAUGAAGCAGGCGCAUCUUGCGGCCAGGCUCGACUACAAUGUGCUCCCUCGCCGCCUCUUUGCGCUCCUUCAGCACAUGCGCGAGCUCCCGCCACUCCUCGCCCAGCGCCUGGUCAUGGACGAGGACGCCACCUCGGGCGCCAUGUCGGUCCUCGACGCCGCGGUCUCGCUUCCGCUCUCGUCCAAACUCGAGCUUGAGCCGGGCGCCUCACUGCCGCUCCCGUUCCGCACCAUUUCCGACGCCGUCGUCCUUGCUACAAAGCUCAACAUUGCAUUUGGCGACAAGGCCGUCGACGUGGUCGACCCGCGCUACGCCGCCUGUGUCUACCGCGCCUUUCACUUUCUGGCGAGCAAAAUCGUCGCCGCCGGCGGAACCAUCGUCUCGUCGGACGACCCGCUCAUGCUCGUCGCAAUCUUUGCGCCGCACACGCUCGGCGCUCCCACCCGUUGGUCGGCACGAGUCAGUCACGUCGUCGACCUCGCCGCAGACCUUGCAGCCGUCGGUGGCGAGCUCGACUGCAUGCUCGCGAAGACCGCGCGAUCACUCCGCCGCGACCGUGUCACGCUCUCGCUCGACAUCGGCGUCACCGCCCAGGAGCGGACCACCCAGAUGCGAAUGGCAGUGGUCAAGUCGGCAACCCACCUGCACGCCGUUGCCGACGGCGUCGCUCUCCACCUUGCCGAGCUCAUGCACGUCGCCGCCAAGGACCAGCCGCUCCCGCGCGGCGCCGUCCGCGUCUCGUCGCUCGUCGAAGGUGUCGUCUCGCGCGCCGCCUACAUCAUCGACAACUCGCUCAACGGCCCGUUUGCCGACCUCCAGCGGGUGUAAAUGUGCC